AUGAAUAGAAGAGGUUUACAGAUGAUAAAUAUGAUAAAACAACGCAGUGAAGGUGCACUAGAACAUGUUAUUACUUCAGAAACAAAUGAUAAUCAACCUGAAUCUCCAAUGCAGUGUCAAUUCACCGAUGAGGAGUGGAGAUAUUUAAAUGACAUUUACAAUGAAAAUGAUGCGGUUGAUGGAAAUAUUGUGCAUAAUGAUUCUGAUAUCGUUAUUUUUGAUAGUAAUGAAUGUACUCCGGUUCCAUCUCCUAACUCUAUUCAAGAUUUUGAUUGCCCAAUAAGCCAAACCGAACAAUCUUGUACCAAGGAUGUUCAAGAACCUUGUGACAUUCCAAGUGUAAAUCCUACUCACGAUUUUGAUUGCCCAAUAAGCCCAACCGAACAAUCUUGUAACAACGAUGUUCAAGAACCUUGUGACAUUCCAAGUAUAAAUUCUUUGAUAUCAGCAUCACCAUCUGAACCAGGAACACCCAAUAUCUACACAGUCAGCAGAAAAAGGACCCUUAAGCAAGAUCCGGACCACUCUAAGCAAUGGGAGUAUAUAAACAAGUUUACUAAGAAAAUUGAAAAAAAGAGGCAGACUAAGGAAGGACCAUCGAGAAGGAAGUUCACUACUAAUUAUUACUUACCUGUUCCGAACACAGAUUCCAAUAGCUUUGAACCAAUAAAAGUGUGCUUAAAAAUGUUUUGUGCCACUCUGGCUAUUACAGACCAAUUCAUACGUACAGCGCACGAAAAGCUAGACAUAAGUGGUGUAACGGGAACUGAUAACAGGGGAAAACAUCUUAAUCACCCUAAAAAAAUUGACACUGAGAUGAUCCGUAGUGUUUGUGAUCACGUGAAGUCAUUUCAGCCUGUUGAGUCCCAUUAUACCAGGAAAAGCAGCAGUAAAUUGUACUUGGAUAACAAUCUAAGUUUUGCUAAGAUGUUUGCGUUAUACAAAGAAUGGAAUCAAUUGCAUAACUACAACAAUACAGCACAAACGGAAAGGCAAUAUCGCACUAUUGUAAACGACAACAUGAACGUUGCAUUUUAUAUGCCGAAAAAAGAUUUAUGUGACAAGUGUCAUGCGUUUGAUAACAUAGAAAAUCCUACCGAAGAAGAAAAAGAAUCUCACGCCAAGCAUCUUUCUAACAAGCAAACUGCACGAAAAUACAAAGCUGAGGAUAAAGAACUAGCUACUCAAAAUCCUAGUCAAAUAGUAUGUGCAACUUAUGACUUUCAGAAGGUACUUAACUGCCCUAGUGGAGAGGUUUCUUUGUUUUAUUAUAAAAGGAAAUUAUCACUUAUGCAUUUGACAGUAUUCGACGCUGGAAAGAAGGAAGCAUCAUGCUACAUGUGGCCUGAAAACAUCGCUAAACGUGGGGCUAACAAGGUCGCUAGUUGCUUGUUAGAUUUUAUUCGACUUAAAGUAACAGAUGGAGCACAAGAUUUCAGAUUUUGGUCGGAUAACUGCGCCGGACAAAACCGUAACAGAGUUGUCUACAGCCUCUACAUGUACGCUAGCAGAAAAUUCAACAUCGACAUCACACACCGAUUUUUAGAGUCUGGUCACACUCAACAAGAAGCAGACAGUGUACAUGCUCUUGUUGAGAGAUCUUCUAAAGGCAAAAUAAUUUAUACCCCUGACCAAUGGUACGCGUUAGUUCGUUGGGCCAAAACAAACAGUUCUCCUUACAAAGUUACUGAAGUGACUAAAGAUAUGUUAUUUGAUUUUAAAACCUUGUUAGACAACAGAAAUUGGAAGAAAAACACUGAAAAUCAAGAUGUGAGAUCCACUGUGGCGCGUAGAGACCCCAACAAUCUGGAGAAGCUUGUGGUUGUUGGUCAGGUUAAUGGGAAAAGACUUCGUGGUCGCUCACCUACCCGGUGGUUGAAUGCUGUAAAAAACCUAACACGCCUAACAGUUCCACGAGCCAUAAAGAUCGCAGAGGACAGAGGCGUUUGGAGGAGGGUUGUGCAUCAAGUGACGCGUGCACUAGACUAG